UCAGACACACAGACUCUGAACCGACUGUGGUCUGUGGAUAAGACUGUUUCCAACCUGACUGAGUCCCAAAGCUCCACCCAGCAGCUGUCUAAAGAGACAGCUAAAGAUGUUCAGAGACUCAAGUUUGCUGUGGAGAGCAACAAGGACCAGCUGACCUCAGUAUCUGAGGCUCUGAAGCAGCUGUCAGUUCUGGAAACUCUCAGCAGGACAGUGGCCAACCUCAAAUGUACCCUGGAACGCUUCAUGAGCAACGGACUGCGCUUCAUCUGCCAGAGACACACCCAGUCCACCUGAAGUCCCCCAACAGGUCUUCAUCUGCCAGAGACACACCCAGUCCACCUGAAGUCCUAUAACAGAUCUUCUUCUGCCAGAGACACACCCAGUCCACCUGAAGUCCCCCAACAGGUCUUCAUCUGCCAGAGACACACCCAGUCCACCUGAAGUCCCCCAACAGAUCUUCAUCUGCCAGAGACACACCCAGUCCACCUGAAGUCCUCCAACAAGUCUUCAUCUGCCAGAGACACACCCAGUCCACCUGAAGUCCCCAAACAAGUCUUCAUCUGCCAGAUACACACCCAGUCCACCUAAAGUCCUCCAACAAGUCUUCAUCUGCCAGAUACACACCCAGUCCACCUGAAGUCCUCCAACAAGUCUUCAUCUGCCAGAUACACACCCAGUCCACCUGAAGUCCUCCAACAGAUCUUCAUCUGCCAUCUCAGUGUCUCUGCUGUGUCCACAGUGUCUCUGCUGUGUCCACAGUGUCUCUGUUGUGUCCACAGUGUCUCUGAUGUGUCCACAGUGUCUCUGUUGUGUCCUGAGUGUCUCUGCUGUGUCCACAGUGUCUCUGCUGUGUCCACAGUGUCUCUGCUGUGUCCACAGUGUCCCUGCUGUGUCCACAGUGUCCCUGCUGUGUCCUCAGUGUCUCUGAUGUGUCCUCAGUGUCUCU